UUUUCCCGCCACUCCGAGGGGACCUAUAAAACCCGGACCCUCCUCAUCGGUCAGCAUCAUUCGUCGUUCUUUCGUUCAACAUAUCGUUCGUGUGAAUCAAGGAUUAACCAACAACAACAAGAGACGCCAUGGCUCGUACCAAGCAGACCGCUCGUAAAUCCACCGGAGGAAAGGCACCCCGGAAGCAGUUGGCCACCAAGGCCGCUCGUAAGAGCGCUCCCUCGACCGGUGGCGUUAAGAAGCCGCAUCGUUAUCGGCCGGGAACGGUCGCCCUGCGAGAAAUCCGUCGUUACCAGAAGUCGACGGAGCUGUUGAUCCGCAAGUUGCCCUUCCAGCGGUUGGUGCGUGAAAUCGCUCAAGAUUUCAAGACGGAUCUGCGCUUCCAGAGUGCUGCCGUUGCUGCCCUCCAAGAAGCUAGCGAAGCCUAUCUGGUCGGUCUGUUCGAAGAUACCAAUCUGUGCGCCAUCCACGCCAAACGUGUCACCAUUAUGCCCAAGGACAUCCAGCUGGCUCGUCGUAUCCGUGGAGAACGUGCUUAAAUCUGACGGAAGGAUUUCCACCUAAAGACGCUCCUUUUUGACCUUUUAACCCCCAAAACAAAAGGUCCUUUUCAGGACCAGCCAAAUAAGUUUGAAAGAGUUUACUGUGAAAACUUCCCGAGAGUGUAUAAACUAGCUUAAGAUUGUGAUUAAAAUACAAAACCAAAAUGAA